UCUGUUGUUCAAUACUUGAAUUAUAGGCUUAAAUGUUUUGGACUUGGUAUGAAUAUGAUGAUUUCACCCUCACACAGAAACACAUUAAGACCAUGAGUAGAUGAUACAUUUACCACGUGAGGCUCUAUCCCAGGUCUGCACUUGGUUUUAUUAAAAGAAAGAGUAGCGAUACAGGGAUGGGAAUGCAGGCCAUGGCAUGCAAGGGCAGGUCUGACUUCACACACAUGCUGUUUUCCUGACAACAAUCCUCACCCCCGGCUAUUUGCUCCCAAAGUAUCUGGGUGGCAGCAGGAAGGGUCACUUGUCGUCGUCUCCCCCUCCCGCCCCACCAGUUCCUGUUCUUACUUUAAAAUGGAAGACAAGCCCACACAAUAAUCAUUGUUGACAUGCUGUCUAUUCUGUGUUUAAGUCUUUCUGCAUCCUGUUUUUUACUAUUAUUUUCUUACUCUGAUCUCGGAGUAAACUUUGGGUAGAAAACAAGUUUUUUUGUUUAUCAAGGGGAAUGUUAACUAUUUUCCUUCCAGUUCUCUGCACUCGUGUUAGCAGCUUAGAUUUGGGAACCCUGCAUUUUAGUAUCUUCUGGUUAUCUAAAUGGACUUUUCCAAUAUCUGUAUUCAGGCCUGUAUUGUUAAGCCCAGAAACUGCAUUUCUACAAUACUCUGCAUAUGAUUUAUUAAUAAUAGCACUUUCGGUGGGACUUAAACCUUUGAUUGUCUUAUCUUUGUGUACGUUGAGGUUAGGGAACUUGGCGUCUUUGUGAUUGCACAAGUUAAAUGUUAAUUUUAUUAUCUCUGAUGUAGUAUAAGAGUAGCACAAGUUCUUCCACCAUUGCAUUAGCAGGUAUGGCGCUGGUGUACAAGGUGUGUUUGAUUUUUCUGUUUCCACUGCCUUGCUUUGGAGCAGGCUGGGAUCUUACUCAGAAAUUUAUUUUAGUCGCCGGCCCUCUUAGCGAUGACUUAGUAAGUCAUUUAAACUUCCAAAGUGGAUUUCUAAGAGAACCUCUCAAUUCUGCAACGGGACAGUCAAACUAUCUUUGCGAUAGGCCUUCCCUACCUUCUCUGUCGCCGUAUUUUGCUGAGCUCCGUGCAAGUGGCGUGACCCAUUUUAAAGUCUUCUUGCCUUGGACUCACAUCCUUCCGGAGGCAGAUGCCCGAAACCCCAACCGGACAAACGUUGAAUGCUACAGACAACUUCUGAGAACUCUCAAAGCAGCUGACCUUGAACCAGUUUUAAUUCUACAUCAGAAACAUUUGACGAAUUCUUUGGAGACCUGGCUUGCUUUGAGCAAAUCUCUGACUUUCACCAACCUUUUCGUGGAAUAUGCAGAAUUUUCCUUUGCAUCUUUUGGUGACUUGGUGGACACCUGGCUCACUUUCGGCAACCUGCCUGAGGACGUGGAGCGCUUGCCGCAUGGAGAUCCACUGGCCCUCCCUUUUCAGGUGCUAGCUUCAGCACAUGAGAAAGCUUAUGAAAUCUACCAUGAAAAAUACUCAGCAGAAGAUGGGAAAGUGUCCAUUUCACUAGAUGUUAGUGAUGCCGGGCUGGUGUCACCAAGAUCUUUCUUGACUUCAAUUCUGGACUCGGUAGACUUUCUCUCUCUCAACCUUCAGUACAACUGUGAAAGGGCAGCAGGUUUCCAAAAGUUGCUGGAUGAGCUACAGCAUAUGGGGACGAACAAUAUGGGUAUUUUGCUCUUUAGUCUCAAGUUCCACGAGUGUUCCUCCUUGCAAGAAAACCGAUUUGCAACAGUGGCUUCCAUUUUCAGUGCUUUUUCUGAAGUUCAAGCCUGGACAAUAGGGUAUGAUGUGAAUUGUGUCCUGAACAGCUCCUCCAUUCAAGGAAUUUGCUUGUACACAGGAAAUCUGACCGCCCAACCAAAGGCGAAGGAAACACUGAUAACUACUAUUGCUCCACUUUCAUCCUAUCAAGCAGUUUGGGAAAGAUUUGCCAGCCAACCUGAGCUGGAGAGAGACUCCUUUUUGCUUGACCGUUUCCCUAGCGGUUUUCUCUGGGGCACAUCAACAGGUUCCGUCAAUGUGGAAGGAGCCUGGAGAGAGGGUGGGAAAGGGGAGAGCAUUUGGGAUCUAUAUGGGCACCAGGGCCAUGCCCACAUGAAUCAAACAGCCGAUGUCGCAUGCGAUAGCUACCACAAGCUAGAUUAUGACGUUCAUCUCCUUAGAGGCCUUCGCCCAAAUAUCUAUAAAUUUUCUAUAUCCUGGCCUAGGGUUUUUGCCAAUGGGAGUAAGAGCAGCUUGAACCCUCAAGGCGUAGAUUACUACAACAAACUGAUAGACAGCUUGCUGGAUUCAAAUAUUGAGCCUGUGGUGACCUUGUUCCACUGGGACCUGCCACAAGCUCUGCAGGAUCUUGGUGGCUGGCAAAACGAGAGCAUCGUCACUGCCUUUGCAGAAUAUGCAGGGUUCUGCUUUGCCACUUUUGGGGAUCGUGUUAAAUUCUGGAUUACCUUCCAUGAACCCUGGGUCAUUAGCUACGCUGGCUAUGGCACUGGGCAGCAUCCUCCAGGAAUUAUUGAUCCAGCUGUGGCAUCCUAUCAGGUGGCUCAUGUUAUUCUCAAAGCUCAUUCUCAAGCCUGGCACAUUUAUGAUACCCAGUACCGUCCUGAACAGCAUGGGAAGGUGGGAAUAGUAUUGAAUUCAGACUGGGCUGAACCCCAGACCCCAAGGAUUGCCGAGGAUGUGAGAGCGGCAGAACGCUACUUGCACUUCAUGUUGGGCUGGUUUGCUCACCCAAUAUUCGUCAAUGGCGAUUACCCAGAAGUCCUGAAAUCCCAGAUCCAGCAGAAGAACCAGCAGUGCUCCGCUCCCGUCGCCAAACUCCCUGCAUUCACUGAUGAGGAGAAGCAGCAAGUGAAGGGGACGGCUGACUUCUUUGGCCUUUCCCACUACACUUCCAGGCUCAUCAGUGCUCCAGUGAACCAUAGCUGCGCUCCAACCUAUGAGGAUAUCGGAGACUUUUCCCAACACGUGGAUCCUUCUUGGCCGCAGACGGCAGCACCAUGGCUCUACACUGUGCCUUGGGGGCUGAGGAGACUGCUGCUGUUUGUGUCCAAAGAAUAUACUGGGACAAGGGUUCCGAUUUAUAUAGCAGACAAUGGUGCGCCGACAGAUGACGGAGGCGAUCUUGUUAACGACACCAUGAGAGUGGAUUACUACCGGCUUUAUAUCAACGAGGCUUUGAAAGCUAUAAAGCAAGAUGAAGUUGAUGUUCAAGCAUACAUUGCCCGAUCAUUGAUGGAUGGUUUUGAAGGCCCAGCAGGCUAUAGUCAAAGGUUCGGCCUACACCAAGUGAAUUUUGAAGAUGCAAACAGACAAAGGACACCCAAAGAAUCUGCCUAUUUCUUCUCCACCAUUAUUGAAAAUAAUGGAUUUCCUAGCAUGGUCUCAAGAAAAUUUAUCCAGCCGCUCAAAAAGGAUAUUUCCAUACCUUCCCAGCUGCCUAGUUUACCAGCUUCUGAAGUGCCUUCAAAGGCAAAGGUGGUUUGGGAGAAAUUUUCAAAACAGACUGAUUUGGAAAGAGACACAUAUUUUUAUGGCACCUUCCCAGACGAUUUUAUGUGGGGUGUUUCUACUGCUGCCUACCAAACUGAAGGAGGUUGGGAUGCAGAUGGGAAGGGACCUAGCAUCUGGGAUAAUUUUACCCACAUCCCAGGGAAUGUUAAGAACAAUGAUACAGGAGAUAUAGCUUGCGACAGCUACAAUAAAGUAGAUGAAGAUCUUUAUUUGCUGCGAGCCUUACGGGUAAACACCUAUCGCUUCUCCCUGUCGUGGCCUCGGAUUUUUCCAAAUGGAAGAAACAAUUCUAUAAAUAACUAUGGUGUUGAUUAUUACAACCGGCUGAUUGAUGGUUUGCUGGCCCAGAAUAUCACACCAAUGGUCACUCUCCACCACUGGGAUCUGCCCCAAGCUCUACAAGACAUUGGUGGCUGGGAAAACCCUGUGAUGGUUGAACUGUUUGAUAGUUUUGCAGACUUUUGUUUUCAGGCAUUCGGAGACAGGGUCAAGUUCUGGAUUACGUUCAAUGAACCUAUUGCCAUCUCUGUGGCAGGCUACGAAACGGGAUUAUUCCCACCAAAUGUAAAAGAUAAUCCGGGCAAUGCAUCCUACAGGGUUACUCAUGCAAUACUAAAGGCCCAUGCAAGAGUUUACCACACAUAUGACCAGAAAUACAGAGAGAGUCAGAAAGGUGCGAUCUCUCUGAGUCUCAACAUGGAUUGGGUUGAGCCAAAGACACUAAACGAUCCUCGGGAUAUAGAAGCUGCUGAUCGUUACCUGCAGUUCAUGGGAGGGUGGUUUGCACACCCAAUUUUUAAAAACGGCGAUUACCCAGAUGCCAUGAAGUGGAAAGUAGGGAACAGGAGUGAACUACAGAAACUACCAUCUUCCCGGCUUCCAGGUUUCACACAAGAAGAGAAAGACUAUAUCAGGGGCACAGCCGAUGUCCUCUGCCUGAAUUAUUACACUGCCGGAAUUAUAAAGCACAGCACCACCAGGCUGAAACCAUAUUCUUACGAGUAUGAUCAAGAACGAGUAUUGGAGAUUGACCCUUCUUGGCCUAGCUCAGCGUUGGAAAAUAUGCGGGCAGUGCCCUGGGGGCUGCGUAGGCUCUUAAACUGGAUCAAAGAGGAAUAUAGCAAUCCUCCCAUUUACAUUACUGAGAACGGGGUUGGGCUAAAAGCCAAGUCUGAUGUUGAUGACACCAGCAGGAUCUUCUAUUACAAAACACACAUCGAUGAAGUUUUGAAAGCCUACAAGCUGGAUGGCGUCAACGUUCGUGGCUAUGUUGCUUGGUCUUUCAUCGAUAAUUUUGAAUGGUUAAAUGGUUACGAGCCAAGAUUCGGCCUUCACCAGGUUGAUUUUGAAAAUCCGAACAGGCCAAGAACUCCAAAACGUUCAGCGAUAUAUUAUGCUGGAAUCAUACGUCAGAAUGGAAUCCCUCUGCCAAAAGAGGGAGAAUUCCUUUAUGGAGAAUUUCCGGAAAACUUCUAUUGGAGUGUGGCAUCAUCAGCAUAUCAGAUCGAAGGGGCAUGGAGAGCGGAUGGGAAAGGUCUCAGUAUUUGGGACCAGUUUGCACAUACACCUUUGAAAAUCAGCAACGAUGAAAAUGGAGAUGUAGCUUGUGACAGCUACCACAAGAUGGAGGCAGACUUGGCUAUUCUGAAGGACCUCCAGGUGACUCAUUAUCGCUUUUCCAUCUCCUGGACUCGCAUUCUCCCCGAUGGGACCACCAAGUACAUAAAUGAAGCUGGCCUGAAAUACUAUGAAAGGCUUGUGGAUGCUCUCCUUGCGGCUAAUAUCCAGCCUCAGGUAACUAUGUACCACUGGGACCUCCCUCAGGCCCUUCAAGAUGUUGGAGGGUGGGAAAAUGAGACUAUAAUCCAGAAAUUUAAAGAUUACGCAGAGAUCCUUUUUCAAAGAUUUGGAGAGAAGGUGAAAUUCUGGAUAACCUUGAAUGAGCCCUAUGCCAUUGCUAACAUUGGUUACGGUUAUGGAGUCUCAGCUCCAGGCAUCUCCGCCAGGCCAGGCCGAGCCCCUUACAUAGUGGGCCACAACUUGAUCAAGGCUCACGCAGAGGUUUGGCAUCUUUACAAUGAAACAUACCGCCCAAAGCAAGGAGGAUUGAUCUCUCUUUCCAUCAGCGUAGAGUGGGCUGAACCCAAGAACCCUGCCAAGCAGGAGGACCUCGACGCUGCCAGGAGAUAUGUCCAGUUCUUUGCUGGUUGGUUUGCUCACCCUAUCUUCAGGAACGGUGACUAUAGUGAGGUGAUGAAAAGGAGGAUACAAGAGAGAAGUGCCGGCCAAUCGCGACUCCCUGAAUUUACUGAAAGUGAAAAGCAGAGGAUUAAAGGCACCUUUGACUUCUUUGGUUUGAACCACUAUACAACAGUAUUGGCAUCCAACUUAAACUAUUCUUCUCUCUUUACAUCCUACGAUGCUGAUAGGGGUGUUGCCUCUAUAACAGACCGCAGCUGGCUGGGUUCUGGUUCUUUUUGGUUGAAGGUGACUCCUUUUGGCUUCAGGAGGCUCCUGAAGUGGAUCAAGGAAGAAUACAAUGACCCACCUAUUUAUGUGACCGAGAAUGGGAUUUCAGAGCGUAUAGACGGGGGCUUCAAUGAUACUUGGAGAAUACACUACUUAAGGAGUUACAUCAAUGAAGCUUUAAAAGGAAUUGUACUUGAUGGUGUUGAUUUGCGAGGCUACACUGUAUGGAGCCUGAUGGAUAAUUUUGAAUGGGCAGUGGGCUUUGCUGAAAGAUUUGGGUUGUAUUACACCAACUUUACAGACCCAAAUCUAUCCAGAAUUCCAAAGGAGUCUUCAAAAUAUUAUUCAUCUAUCAUCCGGUGUAAUGGCUUUCCAGAUCCAGCCACUGGGCCUCAUUUGUGCCUUGAGUCACAAUCUGGAGGUACUACUGUGGCACCAAUGAGCAGCACUGCUUGGCCUAUCGACAAUUCAGCCAUGAAGGUGCAGUUUUUGGGACUGGACUUGACUUCGUCUAAUGCAGAAGUAGGCCUUUAUGUGCUCUUUUCCCUAUUCUUAAUGUCUGUGCUAGGCCUUGCUCUUUUUUCAUAUCUAUAUAGAAAAAGGACUAAAAAAGCCAGCCAGAAAAGGUUUUAAAUAUUGCGGCUUGCAUUUAAUUAGUUUAUCAUGGGAUCGUUUUUUCUCCUGCCCAUGUUUAGAACAGACAGUUAUUUUAAUCAGUGCUCUUUUUUUGGUAGAAAAACAGGUGUAUUAACAACAAGAAGAGGUGCUGGUACUGCGUACCCUUGAAUACUCCCUGAAAAAAGCACUGAUUUUAAUACCUAUUGUUGAUGUUAAUAUUUUUAUUGUUUGAAUUGUUAUGUGCAGUUCACCCUGGUAAAAAGGGGUGGGGACAAUUUUAAAAUAAAUGUACAAGUUGAUAACUUAUUGCAAAGUGUCAAGGUUUGUAUCAGAGAACUUCUAAAUAAGGAACGUACAGACGACUCUUUUUUUUUUGAAAACCUUUAUUGAAUGCUCUGAGAUUAAAAACUACCAGUAUAGUCUUGUAGUUGCAGAAGCACUAAAGGGGAAAAAAUAAGUUAUCCAAUUUGCAAGGUAUUAUGCUUCUGCUAGUCAGACUCUCAUUUUAAUCUGGACUUCUGAUUUGUUCCAAGAUUUAUAUAGAUUAAAAAGUGCCUUCAGAUGACAACAGUGCUAGUAAGUAUGAAAUUCUGAAAGCUGAUGGAAGAUGGGGAUUUUUUUACAUUCUUUGAGCUUUUGGCAGUAGUUACAGUUGCAGUAUCCAGCUACACAAUUAACACCUUAUUCCAUGUGCUAUGACAGGAAUAUGGCAUAAUGCAGGCAGCAUACUCAUACAAGCCCACUUGUGCAGCAGAAGGAUUAAACUAAAUCAAAGGGGGAAAUCAAUGAUUACUAUGCACAGUUUACUCAUAAAAACUACAUCUGUUGGGUUGAAUUUCCAUUCCAAGUAUUGUUAUCAUCUUCUCCAUCAUCCUGAGUUCUCAGUCUAUAGAUUUUGCCUUCUUUUUUGAAUUCGUCACCCCGCUUUUCCAAUACUCGUUUCCUGACUGCUUGUCUAAAUAAAGAAGAAAUGCAGUUUGAGAUUAAAUCCCUACAGUGGCAAUGUUUUCUAGACAUCAGAAGGUACCAUUAAUUCAGCUCCUGGUUCAAUUCUAGCACCCCGCCACCCUUCUAACAUAUGCCUUGUACAGGAGAAGUAACUGGAGAAUUUUAUUCAGUUCACAUUAAUGCACCCUAAAGUGGAUUCAGCUGAAGAACAGAGGCAAUGUCACCUAUGAAUGACUACAGUGCACUGACAUGUUUGCUGCUGGUUCCAGGCUAUCACUUCCUGGCUCAUGGUGAUCUUAAUUUGGCACAUUCACAAAAUGUAAUCUUAAAUGCUCCUGGAUACAUUUCAGAAGCUAUCUUUCUGGCAGCAGCUGGCAUAGAAAUCCAAACUGCUGUUUCAGAAAGAAACCCUACCAAGUGAAGAUGGCUAGGGAGGAUGCAACACAUUCUUAUUGCUUACUCCUAAGUAUAUUUGCAUUAGGACACGGUAUCCUGUCCAUAGAAGCCAGUUUGAACCACUGGCAUGUUAGUUACUCAUGUAGAGUUUCUCUGUAUCCCAGCCUAAACAAGGGAAAACUAUGCCUUUCUCCCAAGCCCUUGCAUCUACCAGAGGACUCCUGGGAAAAGGGUGUGAAAAACAAUAAUUUAAGAGCACUUGUCAGUCCUACCUGCUUGAUUCUGCAGUGUUUGAUUCUGAAGGGUUUGAGUGAUCCUGCUGAUGAGGUCUUGCAGUAGGCUGGGAAGGAGGAGGAUUCGUAAACAGGAAGUUGCUAAUAAAUCGCCAAACAGCUAUCAGUGGAUAAAGGAUAGUACCCA